UUAGUUAUUGCGUUCUCAAGGCCGCGGCUAUUACACUUUCCGCUGGAAGCUCCAAAGCUUCGAGUCACUCCCAUCGAACCUACUCCCCAGUACCUCCUGCAUUCGCUUUCUAGGGUUUCUACUAGCAAUUUUUUCCUCUCCACGAUUCUACCUCUCUAGCAGUCUUGAGAGCAUAAGAAACUUAGGAACAGCUGAUUCUAGAAGAAGAAUCGAUUCAUGGAGUCUUUCUCGAGAUUCAACAUGGGGUUUGAAGAGGACGACGAAGAUGAAGAGGAGUUCGGAAAGGGAGAAGGCUCUUCUAAAAAAGAGCUGACCUUGAAACUUGAUGGGAAAAGCAACGAGCAGAAGGCAAGCACCCCACGAUUGAAGCAUUCUGCCAUAGAACAAAGACGUAGAAGUAAAAUAAAUGAUAGAUUUCAAAUGCUUAUAGGACUCUUGCCAAAUAGCGAUCAGAAAAGAGAUAAAGCAUCAUUUUUGCUGGAGGUCAUCGAAUAUAUCCAAUUCUUACAAGAGAAGGUACAGAUGUACGAGUAAAUUUCGCCUGUGAGUGAUGAAAACACCAGAUUGAUGUUAUUGAACAACCGAAAUGGCUCUGGUGAUCCCAUGAAUGAUCCUCAAGUCUUUAAGAAUGGUGCUUCGUCUGGGUUACUGGUGUCAGAUAAUGGCAUUCCAGAAAGCAUUGGAGAAUGCUUCUGUUUUUCAACUAAGGCUUCGUUUGGUACAGUUUUUUUGCUUGCUUCUCGAAGCAGCUCUCUAGUACAAAAAUUAAAAUUUUUUACUAAAAAACUGCUUCAAGAAGCAAUAAAAAAGCAGUCCCAAAUAAAGCGUAAGAGCGCUCCCCCAGCUUCUUCACAGCCAAACUUUCAUUCCUCUGUAGGAAGGGGGAUAUUUCUUGGCCAACCUUUGCAAAGGUUUCUUCCAGAAGCAGAUAGUAUGGUUUCCCAGUCUGAGUCUGAGUGGCUGAGAUCUUCAUUUCCUGUUGAUUGUACUGUUAGCAAUUAUGUAUUCAAUGAACAGGAGGAGCUAACAAUUGAUGAAGGAACCAUUUGUGCGUCAAAUGCAUAUUCUCAAAGGCUUUUGAAUACCCUAAGCCAAAUGUUGCAGAAUUCAGGCACAGACCUUUCCCAAGCUAACAUUUCUGUACAUAUUAAUUUGGGGAGGAGAAGUGGUAGCAGCCAUAAUACUUCCACAAGCAUUGCUACUUCGAAGGAUCAGGGGAUGAACCAUGAUCCUGCAACCUUAUUAUUGGUCAAGCCGGGGUAGGGAACAGGAUCCAUGAGUCAAGCAGCCACAAAGAGAUACAAAUCAGACAGAUCAGAUAGUCACUCAUCUUCAGGAUUAAUUAUUCUGUGCCGAUGCCUAACGCCAUCUGAAGGACAACCACAAUGCGUCACAUCAUCCCUUGCUCGGUACUGCGGCUCGGUACUAAUGACAUGGUACAUUCUAGUUGGUCUCCGGGAGGCGUUCUGC